GUAGCUUCGCAGACGAACAGUCAAAACAUAACAAUAUGGCUGAGCCGUUGUUUAAGUGGAAUAAGGUGCAUAACCCUUCGGGGCCGCAGCCUCGGCCCCGCCAUGGACAUCGGGCCGUCGCUAUUAAAGAUUUGAUGGUCGUGUUUGGCGGAGGAAAUGAAGGCAUCGUAGACGAACUCCAUGUAUUUAACACAGCUACAAAUAAAUGGUUUGUUCCACAAUGCAAGGGAGAUAUACCAGCAGGUUGUGCUGCCUAUGGUUUUGUAGCAGAUGGCACACGGAUCCUCGUGUUUGGUGGCAUGAUUGAAUAUGGAAAAUAUUCUGCAGAUCUGUAUGAACUUCAGGCAAGUCGCUGGGAAUGGAAAAUGUUACAUCCACGUCCACCAAAGAAAUUUCCUCCACCAUGUCCGCGGCUUGGCCAUAGCUUUACUCUCAUUGGAAAUAGAGUCUUCCUAUUUGGGGGAUUAGCCAAUGAUAGUGAUGACCCCAAAAACAAUAUCCCAAGAUAUCUUAACGACCUGUAUGUGCUAGAGCUGAAAGGUAAUCAUCAAACCUCCUGGGAAGUACCACUGACAUAUGGUGACUCUCCACCACCUAGGGAGUCUCACACAGCUGUGGCAUAUACGGACAAAAAUGGACGAACAAGUCUUGUUAUUUAUGGAGGAAUGAGUGGUUGCCGUCUGGGUGAUUUGUGGAUGCUUGAUAUUGACACAAUGCAUUGGCAUAAGCCCACCGUACAUGGUGUAGCGCCACUACCACGGUCUCUCCACUCAGCCACACUAAUUGGACAUCGUAUGUUUGUCUUUGGUGGAUGGGUGCCACUAGUUUUGGAUGAUGUGAAGGUGGCAACCCAUGAAAAAGAAUGGAAGUGUACAAAUAGUUUAGCUUGCCUAAACCUUGAAACGAUGACAUGGGAAAGCUUCCAAAUGGACACAUAUGAAGACAAUGUGCCCAAAGCAAGAGCAGGACACUGUGCAGUGGGUAUCCACACUCGCAUGUAUGUGUGGUCUGGCCGAGAUGGGUAUCGCAAGGCUUGGAAUAAUCAGGUGUGUUGCAAAGAUCUUUGGUAUUUGGAGGCUGAAAAGCCAGCUCAACCAGGCAGAGUUCAAUUAGCCAAGGCUUUCACACAAUCUUUAGAAGUGUAUUGGCCUGCAAGUCCCACAGCUGAUGCAUACAUUUUACAAAUUCAAAAGUAUGACAACCCACCUACUUCUACAGCACCUCAGUUGCCCUCACCACUGUCUGCCACGACAUCGCAGACCACUGCUGCUUCCAAAACAUCUGCAACAACAACCAGUUCAACAACUACAGCGCCUCUGAGCUCAGCUUCAGUUGCUAGAGCUGCAGUUAGUAGUCCAGCCAGUGCACCUGGCAUUGCUGCAGCUGCAAUUCGCCAGCCUGUUCCAGUUGCUGCAGCAGCCCCUGCUGCUCCAGUUACUCCGACUGCUAGCCCAGCACGUUCCCAACACACUCCAGUGCAGGCGUCACCUCAGAAAUUACCAACAACAGUGGCAGUUGCAGCCCCUCAAACUGUGCUGCGAGCGGGUACACCAACAGCUGUUCGUCCAAGUGCACCAGCUACUCGUCCUGCAACAACAAUUGUCCGCCCAGCAGGCACUGUGGUAAGCACGGGAGCCUCUAGUGCACCGGCAGGGACAGUAGUGCGGCUUCCUGUGUCAGCAGGCGUUGCCUCCCCAUCCAUAGUGCGACCUCAGACACUUCGUCUGAUCCGAAUGCAGAGUCCUGCUGGCCAGGGUGUGAUCUCCCCUGGUCAAAGUCUGCUGUCAGCAAAAUCAGGAACAGUAACAUCAGUUGCCAGCCUAUCGGCAGCAACCAGUGUUACUGGGGCAGGAUCCACUGCAUCACCUGUGGCUCGUGGUCAGAUGACCGGUAUCCAGGCUUUGGCUGCCGCCGCCACGACGCGCCGAGUGGUUGCCGCUACUGCCGCUGCUGCGUCCGCGGCGAGCCCGGGAGCAGGCCAGGGCACCGUAGUGACCGCAGGCUCUGCACCGCAGGUCUCGGCGCAGUCAGCGAUCCAGCAGGCGGUCGCGAGUGUGAUCCCGGCUCAGGCGCCCGCUUCCAGCGCCGUGGUGUCGCUCGCCGCCUCCUCCGCGACAGGCUCCACCCCCGCCAGUCCCAUGCGCAUUGUCCAAGCGCAAGGCUCACCCUACAGGGUCGCGUCCUCCUCAGGUGCCCUCGUAGGCCAGACAGUAAGGUUGGCCUCACCAGGUACAACACUUCUACGCAGCGCUGCACCUGGUCAAGCUGGUAAACAGAUCUUUCUUCAACGUCCAGGCUCGAAUCAACCUGGUCAGAUAGUGACACUUGUCAAGACUAGCCAAGGCAUGACUGUCGCAUCGAUGCCCAAGAUGAGUCUCAUUCAAGGCAAAACCGGAUCAGGUAAUGUUCAAACUAUUCAGACUGUCAAAGCAGAAAAUCCACAAGGGACAGUGGUUCAACAAGGAACAACAAUUCAGUCGGGCAAUCUUCCUCAAGGGGCAACAAUUGUUAAGCUAUUAAAUCCUGGGUCGGUUAGUAAAGCUGGUGGUGUUGCUGGUAAACAGACUAUUGUAAUUACUAAACCUGGAGGUGGCCAGCCAGCUGUAUUAGGUCGAUCCAGUACUGGCCAAAUUAUAAUGGUUACAUCAGGCUCAGCACUCAGAACCGUCCAAACCCUUACAAAUAGUCAAGCUGGACAAGCUGUUUCAGGGGCACAAACUGUAACUGGACAACAAGGGGUCAAAAUGAUAGUCAUGUCAGCAGGCCAAGCUGCACAGGCUCAAGCUGCAGGUGGCAAACCCAUCACAAUCACAGUACCAGGCCAGCAAGGUGGUCCCCCUAAAACAGUAACAAUCCAAGGCAAACCCGGAAUGGGCGGCACACAAACUAUUCUUAGCCAAGGGCAGAUUCUUUCAAUGCCAGGCCAGGGACAGAUUGCAGGCCAGCCAUUAAAACUUCAAAUGGGUCAAAAGACAGUCAGUGUUGUUGGGCUGCCUGGUGCAGGUACUCAAGGUGUUACCCGUGUGGCAGCUGCCUCUGCUUCGACUGCUGCUGCAGGUAAUACUUCAACAACCUCAAAUAGUUCAGGGCUUGUGCCUGUCACAGACCCAGCCAUGCCAAGAAUUGUGGUUGUGUCACGGCAAAACCAACCUGACCUUGUACCUGCCAGUCAGUAGGAAGAGUUAAUUGCAGUUUCACCAAAAGUUGAAGAAAUUUGCAGAGCCCAAUUUGUGUUAAGACUGUGUCUAAAAUAUUUAUGAUCAUACAGGUUCACAGCAAUUACUUUUCACUUUGGUACAAACUGCAGUUGGUCAUCAUAAGUGUUAAGAAGUAGAGGGACUAGUAGCUUUGUUUGUACUUUGUAUUCUAAAUUAUUCUGUUUACUAGUUUCUCUACAGAUAAGAUAUUUGAUGGGAUGUCAUGGUAUGUUGUUCAGUGUCAAUCUCAUGCAUGUAAUACAUUGUGUUUCCUAGUUUGUAGGACAUGUAUAUAUUUAUUACAGUACCUCUCCUGUUUGAUUAGAGUUAAUGUAUGAUUCAAUGUACAUUGUAUUGCUUAUCUAUGGUGCAUGAGUGGUGAUUGUCAUCAUUCUCCUAAAGUUAAUUGCUGGUGAGGCUUGUUAAUGUUUACCAUUAUUCUAUUAUAUAGUUUUAAAAUCUAUUAAGGUCUGUUCUUUAUGAUCUGUGGUUGCUCCUUCCGAUUCUGAAUUCAAUAUUAGAUUUCUUUGAUUCUUAUUAGUUGCUAUCUUCCAAACGACUUAAUUCUUUGCUAGGUUUUAGUACUUGUGUUCAGUUGUUCAUGUAUAAAGUGAAUGCAUUAAGAUUGGAAACAUCAUGCCUUACAUGCAAGAAAAGUGAAUUGUAACAACACAUCAUGGCACUGAUAGUUGACUUGUUUUGUUUUUUAUAUUCAAACAUAUUUGCAGGAUAUGUCAGGGAACAGAUAAACACAUGGGAUGUAUUAUAAGUGUUCAUUAUGCGUUUUUGUGAAAUAUGUAGGUAGUGCCUUCACUAUUAUGAAAUGUCCAAGUACCAAAUCCUCUUUUAUACCUCUUUUUGUCAAUUAAGUUGACCAGCUGUCCACUAUUUUUAAAAAAAUCAUCUACAUUGAUUCCUGUUCAUUUUCAUGACUUUCAGACAGAAAUUGUUUAUACCUUUAAAUUGGACAAAAACUAAUUUGUUACUGUAGGUUGCCCUCCAUUCUAAUCUAGUUUAUCAAAUUGUGACAGAUGUACCUAAUUAUGUAAAUUGUCAAAUAAAAUUUGUUGUAAAACUUAAAUCUAAA